AUGCGUUUCUCAGCUUUGACCAUUGCAUCCGCAGCCGUUGCUGCUGCUGGAGUGAACGCCAUUGAUGUGGCUGGUAAGGUCAACAUCCCCAUGCCUGGAGGUCAAAAACCUGACAUCUUUGCAGAAGUCCUUGGCUAUGAAGCAAUCCCAAAAGCUGCAACUAACAAAUACUCCGUCAAUGCUGCCCCGACCAUCCCUGACCAUGCAACUGGCUCGUUCGAACCAUCUUAUAUGCCUGAAGAGGACUUGAGGCCGACCAGCAUCCAAGCUCGCAGUGCCCCUUCAGCCUCAUCUACGGCAAACACCACUCCAGUCGGCGAUGCACCCGCUGACGACAGCUUCGAGUCAUUCAUGGAGUGGAUGAGUGCUCGUCACGCUCAGGGAGCCUUCGAGCAACCUCAAGUCAGUCACAUUGCCCGCGGCGUGGCUCCCUCGCCAAGUGCAGAGAUCCCACCCUUUGAUGGACCGAUCGAUGACACUUACGAAGCUUUCGUCGCCUGGAUGGAGUCUCGCUUCCCUCAGGAAGCCACAAGAGCGGCUGAGCAGAAAGUUCACGCUCGUGAUGUGCCAGCUCAACCUGAGCAUACCUCCACCACUCUCCCAGAUGACCCCGUUGAUAACUCUUACGAGGAGUUUCACAAGAAACUCGCUCGCUCUAUCAACGAGCAUGAUCAAGAGUACCCCUCAGAGGAGUACCACGAGCUCAAUGCUCGAUCUACAGAGAUUCCUCAGGAGUAUGGGGACGAGGUACCUGACUGGAGCCUUGUUUGGAACGAAGACCUGGAACAACAUAUGCAUGCCAGAUCACGCGCAGACGAACAUCAUGAGGUUCCAUCCCACUACAGACAUGAGCCAGAGUCAACUGCAUCUGCUCAAGAUGGAUCUACCAACGUCCACUACGAGCCAGAGAAUGAAUACAACCCUGAUGAGACCUUCGAGGAGUUCCUUGCCCGCCAAGGUUAUAACCCUGCAGAGUACACUCAAGAGAAUCCUACCGAGUCUCGCGAAGAGGAGCUUAAGCCUCAGGAACCGGUUUAUUCGAAGCCUGAUGUGUCAGAGGUAGCUGCUUCGCCAGCAGCUGCUCCCACUCCUAAACCAACUUCUGCAGCAACAUCAUCCGACAUCACUUCGACCUCUGCAUCGCAGUGGACUGGCGAGACGGCCACAGCCUCGUCCGGCUCUGCCACCAAUGUCCAAGCACGCUCUUGGUACGGCAACUGCAUCUUCUGCAACCAGCUCUACCACAAGUCGCAAGGGAUUCUUCAAUCUUCCCUGGUAGCUGAGUGGUGGGGUUGUUGUUGCAAAGAGAAGAUGCUGACUUGUGCUUGA